AGCUGCACCGCCGGGCUGCGAGCGGCUGCGAUCGAGCGAGCCCAAGAGCAAGAGAGCUAGAGAGCGAGCGGCGGGCGCUCGCCCGGCGCCUCCCCUCUGCCCAGCCGUGCGCCCCCCUAGCUUCUCCACCCUUCCCAGCUCGGCCCGGCCCCGGCGCGGCCACAGCCCAGAGCUCUGGGGCGUCGCAGGCAGCUUCGGGACUCUCCGGCGCGCCGCCGAGUCCCCAGACAAAGGCUUGGCCGGCGGCCCCGGCCCGCUGAGUCCUCGGUUCCCCGCCUCCCGGGCUCGCGGCUCUUCGCCCCCGCUUUCGGCUGGGCGCGCUCCGGCCCGCCGCAAAGUUUCCCGGGCGGCGGCGGCUGCGCCUCGCGUCAGCGAUGGCCGCGGAGCUGAGCAUGGGGCCCGAGCUGCCCACCAGCCCGCUGGCCAUGGAGUACGUCAACGACUUCGACCUGCUCAAGUUCGACGUAAAGAAGGAGCCUCUGGGACGCGCGGAGCGCCCGGGCAGGCCUUGCACGCGCCUGCAGCCAGCAGGCUCGGUGUCGUCCACACCGCUCAGCACGCCGUGUAGCUCGGUGCCCUCAUCGCCCAGCUUCAGUCCAACAGAGCAGAAGACCCACCUUGAGGACCUGUAUUGGAUGGCGAGCAACUACCAGCAGAUGAACCCCGAGGCGCUCAACCUGACGCCUGAGGACGCGGUGGAGGCGCUCAUCGGCUCGCACCCAGUGCCACAGCCGUUGCAGAGCUUCGACGGCUUCCGCGGCGCACACCACCACCACCAUCACCACCACACACACCCGCACCACGCAUACCCGGGCACUGGCGUGGCCCACGAAGAGCUGGGCCCGCACGGGCACCCGCACCAUCACCACCAUCACCAAGCGUCGCCGCCGCCGUCCAGCGCGGCCAGUCCCGCGCAGCAGCUGCCCACUGGUCACCCCGGGCCAGGGCCGCACGCGGCGGCCGCGGCUACCGCGGGUGGCGGUAGCGGCAGCGUGGAGGACCGCUUCUCCGACGACCAGCUCGUGUCCAUGUCGGUGCGCGAGCUGAACCGCCACCUGCGGGGCUUCACCAAGGACGAGGUGAUCCGCCUGAAGCAGAAGCGGCGGACCCUGAAGAACCGGGGCUACGCCCAGUCGUGCAGGUAUAAACGCGUCCAGCAGAAACACCACCUGGAGAAUGAGAAGACGCAGCUCAUUCAGCAGGUGGAGCAGCUUAAGCAGGAGGUGUCCCGGCUGGCCCGCGAAAGAGACGCCUACAAGGUCAAGUGCGAGAAACUCGCCAACUCCGGCUUCAGGGAGGCGGGCUCCACCAGCGACAGCCCCUCCUCUCCCGAGUUCUUUCUUUUUCAAUUUUGUUGGUGCUGAGAGAAAAGAGGAUGCUUCCAUCUUCUGAGUACCAAGGCAGGGCAGGCUCAGCUCCGCACCCCAGAGGCCCCGUGGAAUGUCCUCACUCCCACCUUACCUUAUGGCUAAACUUAUGCGUCUAACAAGAAAGGAAUGGAAAACAAAUUUUCUUGUUUGCUUUUCAUUGCAACCAGAAUCAUCCCAGAAUCCCUAUGAAACUCUCCAUUAACUGCUGGAGCUGCAGUGCUCUAGCAUGAGUGGCUUCGCCAGCUGCCACACUCGUGGUGACCUGAACUUGUGUUGCGCCAACCGCCACACUCAGAAAGUACUGGAAACCCAAACAUUGGCAAGUAAUUUUGCAACUUUCAAGUGUGUUCUUUAGACCAACACGUUAUGUGUGUUUCUUCUCCCGCUUUUGAGAUAACGGGAGAAUUAUUGAUGGUGUUCCCUCCAUCCACCUUCAGUUGUAUAGUAGUUAUAGGGAAGAUCUGGGUGUUUUUCUUUAUUAUUACUUUUUUUUUUCCCUGCAGGUCAGUAAAAGGAUUUAAGUUGCACUGACAAAAAUGCCAAAAUGAAAGUGUAUUUUUUAGUUCCCAUUUGAAAUUGCUGGCGCUGCUGGCCGGAUGCAUUUUUUGAGUUUGUAUUAGUUGAUAAAUUAACCGUAAUAACAAGAUUGUAUGAACCGCAUGGUGCUUGCAGUUUUAAAUAUUGUGGAUAUUCGUCCUGCAUCAGAAACAAGCUUCAGUUUUUACAGAUUCAACUGUGUUGAAAUCAAAUUUGCUGCAACAGAAAUUUGUUUUUAUUUCAUGUAAAAUAAGGGAUCAAUUUCAAACCCUGCUUAUGAUAUCAAAAUAUUAAAACCUAGUCUAUUGUAGUUUUAUUCAGACUGGUUUCUGUUUUUUGGUUAUUAAAAUGGUUUCCUAUUUUGCUUAUUAAAACCAUGGAAAUAGUGUUUAUUUAGAGGA